AUGAGGAAACCGGUCGUGGGACACGAGAAUGCGGGGCCUUGUGUGGCUGAGGCGACGACUCUGGAUGAGGUAGAGGAACUGCUGGUACUGCUGCUGCUUGAGCUGGAAGAGCUGCUUGUUGAGGGGGUUGUACGGGAUGAAGAUGUGGUCGAGCUUGAGCUUGAACUUGAGCUGGAAGUCGAGCUUGAAGAAGAUAUGGAGGUACUACUAGCCCGUGAGGAGGAGGAUGAGCUCGAUGAAGUAGACGAUGAAGUCGAGCCUGAUGUGCUUGUUGUGGUAGCUGACGUGGAUGUGCUGCUUGAACUCGAGCCAGUCGACGCCAGCGUCGAGAACGUGGAGGCGCUCGAUGAAGUCAACAAAGUGUUGAGCGCAGCGCUGGCGGAUGAGCUUGAAGAUGAACUUAGGGAAGAGCUUGUAGGUGAUGUAGAAGACGACAAGGUUGCUGCUGUGCUCGAGGAAGAGCUGCUAGAGCUUGGAGAGAGUGAAGACGACGUUGAGGUCCUCGUGGUUGAUGUCGAUGGACUUAUACUUGAUGCCAAGCUCGCGGCAUUGACAGUGGCGCUCGAGGAUGAGGUGUUUGAAGAUACACUGCUCGAGCUAUUGCUACUUGGGAAAGAACUGCUACCCGUCGUGCUGGUGCUGGUGCUGAUUGUACUGCUUGUUGUGGGUAUCAGAGUUGCUGGGUUGACUGUGACGCUAGUAGAGGAAUUCGAAGAGAUACUGAGUGUACUGCUAGUAGUAGAACUGCUGGUAGUAGAGCUACUGGAGGAACUACUCGAAGAGCUGGUUGAAGUGCUGCUUAGAGACGCCGCGCUAGAUGUCGAGCUUCUGGUCGUCGUCGAGGUGCUCGUUGUGGAGCUCGUUGCAGAUAGCAGGGUUGCUGCGUUGGCCGUCACACUCGAAGAAGUGGGAGAAGUGCUGAAAGCAGAGCUACUAGACGAUGAGCUGGUAAUAGUGCCACUGCUAGUGGAUAUCGAGCUCGAAGGGCUGGCGGCGGUGAGAGAUGUUGAGCUUGUGGAAGAGCUACUGCUUGUAGAUCCACUGCUAGUAGUGGACACUAGUGAGGCUGCUUCAACCGUCGGGCUUGAAGAAGAUGGAGUGCCAGUUGAGGAGCUGCUCGAGAACCUGCUCGUACUCGUAGAAAUCAUGCUGCUGGUAGAAAUUGAACUCGAAGAGCUUGCUGUGGUACUUGACGACGAGUUGAUGACAGAGAUACUGCUCGUGAGCGUCCCGCUAAUGGAGUUGGAUACCAAACUAGCCGCGUUAACAGUCGGAAUUGAUGAAGUAGACGAGGACGAUGUAGUUCCGAUAGAAGAGCCACUCGUUGCACUUGGCGAGGAGCUUGUUGUUGCCCUGGAAGGUGAAGACGAGACUGUCGAAAGACUGCUCUCAGAAGCGCUGCUGGUCGUUGAUAGGAGCGUGGCUGCAUUGACUAUUGGGCUGGAUGAAGAAGACAGAGAAAGAGAGGAAGAAGACGUGCUAGACAGAAUACUAGUAAUAAUUGUAACACUGCUGGUGGAGGCAACUGUAGAUGAGCUGGCCGACGAGCUGAGAGACGGCGAAGAGCUACUUGCGGACCUGCUCGAAGCUGCUGCCGUUGAACUGGUGCUUGAGGAUGACCCUGCUGCGCUGUUUGUCGUAGGGAGCAGUGUGGCAGCGUUGGCAGCUGGGCUGGCAGAUGUAGAGCUGCUAAACGAGCUACUACUAGAUGGAGUACUGCUAGAAAUGGAGCUUGAGCUGACUGCAGAGCUAGGAGAUGGAAGAGAACUGCUACUGGAACUGCUCGAAGAGGACGCUACAGUACUACUGCUUGUGGGAAGCAGCGUGGCAGCGUUUGCCGUUGGGCUGGCCGACGAUGAGAUACUUGAGAUGGAUGACGAGGAGGUGCUGGGUGGUAUUGAAACACCGCCGGACGUAGUCGAAGAUGAGGCAGUGAAAGACGAGGUGCCUAUUGACGAUAAAGUGCUUGGAGAGCUGCUCAGUGAAGCGCUAGAAGUCGUAGAUACCAAUGUGGCGGUUGAUGAUGAGUUGUCGAGAAGGUUGCUUGAAGAAGACGCCGGUUUGGAAGCAGGACUGCUGAUCGAUGAGGUAGAGGAGGUCAAAGUCGUGCUAAAGGAACUCGAGUCUUGA